GUGUAGAGCCUGAGGUGAGCUCGCCACCUUCUCUCUGUUCUGAGUUGUCCCUUGCUCGUCGCUGCAAGGACCGAAAGCCUGGCAGCCUGGCUGAGCUGCGGCCUCACCAAUGGACCUGAUCGGCUUCGGUUAUGCGGCCCUUGUGAUGUUUGGAGGCAUUUUAGGGUAUAAGCGGAGAGGUAGCGUUCCAUCUCUGAUUGCUGGUCUUUUGGCUGGACUUUCUGCUGGCUAUGGAGCUUACCGGGUAUCCAAUGACAAACGAGAUAUUAAAGUGUCACUGUUUACAGCUUUCUUCCUGGCCACCAUCAUGGGCGUGAGAUUUAAGAGAUCCAAGAAGAUAAUGCCCGCCGGGCUGGUUGCAGGUUUAAGCCUCUUGAUGAUCCUAAGACUCGUCCUGCUGCUGCUCUGAGCACCCAGAGGAGCUGCGCUGCAAGUACCUGUCAUCCUGUGACAGCGGGCGGAGCAUGUCCUUCGUACCUUAAAGGAUAAAUUCCAAUACAGAUUGAUCAGUGUUUUAUGUUAGAAACAAAGGUAACACUAUCACCUCUAAUCUGAACAUGAGUUUUUUUUUUUUUAAACAAAGAAUUUUAAUUGUCAAGCACUGUUUUCAUUACAGGUGUUUAAUAAACAUGAUACACUUGCAUUUGGUGUGGCUUAAUACAUGUCUCUAUGUCUAGCUAUAUAUAUUACAUUUUUGGCAAUUCCAAAUGCUCGUGACUCAAAUACGUGAAGCUGCAAAUUAUCUGAUGAAGGAAUUCCUUACAUGAACUUCACAGAAUGCUAAUGUGGCUACUUGGUGCUUGUGUUAUAUUAGAAAUUUUAUUUUUCCCAUCUUAAUUGUACGUGCUGCCUGUUUUGGCUCUCUCCUUAGAAGAAUUUCAUUCUCAGCACAUUCUGCAUCUCGGCAGGAUGUAGCCAGUAUUCAAAUAAAAGACAUUUUGUUUUAAA